GCCCCUGCACUCGUUCUUGUCACUCUCCAAAGCAUGCUGGGGCUCCCACUUCCGUGCACACAGCAACGACACCAUGUGCAUGUGCACUGCUCUUGGGGCUUCUGCAACGUCUCCUCCGUGGCAGGGAUGGAGCAGGAACUGCCAGCAUGGAUGGAGAGGAAUGAGACUUGAACACCAGUGUGACACUUGGCAGCUGUCCCCGCCUUCCGCCACCCCACCCCUAGACACACAAGCACGCACGCACUCUGGGGCUGAGAGCGGUUUCCUCCCUCAACCUCACUCCCUGCCUCCGCCUGCCUGCUGCCUCUCUUCUGCCUACUGCUGGGAGCUCCCUGCUCGCUCGGCAGGGCCUGGAAUCCUGUGCCCUUUCUGUGCUCAGGGCCCCACCAUGUUGGCCAACGCCACGCUGAAGCCGCUGUGCCCCCUCCUGGAGCAGAUGAGCCAGCUGCAGAGCCACAGCAACUCCAGCAUCCGCUACAUGGACCACGCCUCGGUGCUGCUGCACGGGCUGGCGGGGGUGCUGGGCCUGGUGGAGAACGGACUCAUCAUCUUCCUGGUGGGCUUCCGCAUGCGCCAGACCGUGGUCACCACCUGGGUGCUGCACCUGGCGCUGUCCGACCUGCUGGCCGCCGCCUCCCUCCCCUUCUUCACCUACUUCCUGGCCGUGGGCCACUCGUGGGAGCUGGGCACCCCUUUCUGCAAGCUGCACUCCUCUGUUUUCUUCCUCAACAUGUUUGCCACGGGCUUCCUCCUCAGCGCCAUCAGCCUGGACCGCUGCCUGCAGGUGGUGCGGCCCGUGUGGGCGCAGAACCACCGCACGGUGGCCGCGGCGCACCGACUCUGCCUGGCGCUCUGGGCCCUGGCAGUGCUCAACACCGUGCCCUACUUCGUGUUCCGUGACACCAUCCCGCGGCGGGACGGGCGCAUCAUGUGCUACUACAACGUCUUGCUGCUGAGCCCCGGGCCGGACCUCGAUGCCACCUGCAACUGGCGCCAGGCGGCCCUGGCGAUCAGCAAGUUCCUACUGGCCUUCCUGGUGCCGCUGGUCAUCAUCGCCUCCAGCCACGCGGCCGUGAGCGUGCAGCUGCGCCACCGCGGCCGGCCGCGGUCCGGCCGCUUCGUGCGUCUGGUGGCCGCCGUGGUGGCGGCCUUUGCGCUCUGCUGGGGGCCCUACCACGCCUUCAGCUUGAUAGAGGCGCGGGCGCACGCGGUGCCGUCGCUGCGGCCGCUCGCCUGGCGCGGGCUGCCCUUCGUCACCAGCCUGGCCUUCCUCAACAGCGUGCUCAACCCGCUGCUUUACGUGCUCACCUGCCCCGACGUGCUGCGCAAGCUGCGGCGAUCGCUGCGCUCGGUGCUGGAGAGCGUGCUGCUGGACGACAGCGAGACCGGCCUCGACUCCCGCCGCCGCCGCCGCCGCACCUCCUCCACCGCCACCUCCGCCACCUCCUUCUCGCUGCGCAGCCACCUGCCACCCGCGCUCUGCCCCGCGCGCCUCCCGGGAUGGCUGAGGCGCGGCAGCGCAGCGACCCCGCAAAAGGCCCAGGCCCGCGAUGAGAGGGGACCCCUGAACUCGGCGGUGAGCACCACCUCCGAGUAGGACCCGAGGUGGAACAUCGCGGUUAGAACGUAGACAUCCAGCCUCCAGCCUCCCGGUCCCGGGGUGGCUCCCGGUGGCUCAGGGAGUCAGUUAAAGUAGUUUUCCCAAACGUGGCCGGGCCUAGGAUUCCCCGGUGUUACGGUGCAGUUUGGCUCAGCAGCUGUGUGUUGGGGCCAGGCACCCCCCUUGCCUGCACCACACUUGGAGUGACAGGUUGAUGUCCUAUCCUCAAACUAAGGCAGCAGUCCCAAGGGUGCACCUCCCGGGAUGGGGAAAGCUGGGGUUCCGUGUAACCAGGGGUGUAUAUCAAGCAGUGAGAGGGAAGCUUGGAGAGCGCUGGCUGUUCCUCGCUCCUCCACCUCAGCCAUUUAGCCAAUGUUUAUUGAGCUCUGGCUGCUUUAUCCCAGCCAUUGAUUCCAGUGUUUACAGGUGAGCCAAGGAGGCUGAGCCCGGCUAAGGGAAUCACCCAAAGCUUGGGUGCCACUGAGGACAGGGUCUGCUCUCUCCCCUGAAGGGUGCCCACCUACCAUCUGGUGGAUGAAAGAGCAUCCUGGGACCCACCCAGGUACGAUGGUCUUCAGUCUUUAGUGUGGAGAAUGUGGCACCUCACAGCUCACCUGACCACGGCACCCUGAGCCCUGUGCAGGCCUGUGUUCUGCAGGAUGCCUGCUGGGCAUUUGGGAAUCCAAGAUCUUUGUAGCACCUGCUGGGGGCCAGCCAGCGCUCCCAACCCUGUGUAGAUGAAGUAACCCGUGUCCCUGUCCUCGCAUUUGCACUGUAUUUACUUCCUCUUUUAGCCAGUACUGUCACAGCCUGAUGGGCACGAGUUACUCAGACUCUAGGGGCUUUGGCAAGUCUGGGGUCCGAGAGGAAACCUGGCUCUCCCCCGGCUCCCAGGGCUGAGAAGUGGGGAGGAACCGUGGACUGGAGGGUGGAGACCACUGCUGUAACUCUCCCUCUCAGGGACAGAUAGAGCUGGGGGCUGGGACAUUUGUCUGGUGGAAGAACUGGGAUGAAAAACUCUCUGACAACCGUGGUCCAGUGCUCCUGACGUCACUGAAGGCUGGGUCCACUAAGGCUGGGCUAGAUGGGGGCAGGCCACGCCAGGGCAGCUGCCGGGCAAAGCAGAGACAGACGCCACCCAGCCUCCCUCCAGCUUAGCACUUUCCCAUGUGCCACCGCAUGUUUCACUUAUCUAAGUUUCUUCCAUCAGAAUAAAAGCUCCAGGAUGUA